AUGUACCGAGGUUCCCGCCAGAACUAUGUACCGAGGUUCCCGCCAGAACUGUGUACCGAGGUUCCCGCCAGAACUGUGUACCAAGGUUCCCGCCAGAACUGUGUACCAAGGUUCCCGCCAGAACUGUGUACCAAGGUUCCCGCCAGAACUGUGUACCGAGGUUCCCGCCAGAACUGUGUACCGAGGUUCCCGCCAGAACUGUGUACCGAGGUUCCCGCCAGAACUGUGUACCGAGGUUCCCGCCAGAACUGUGUACCGAGGUUCCCGCCAGAACUGUGUACCGAGGUUCCCGCCAGAACUGUGUACCGAGGUUCCCGCCAGAACUAUGUACCGAGGUUCCCGCCAGAACUAUGUACCGAGGUUCCCGCCAGAACUGUGUACCGAGGUUCCCGCCAGAACUAUGUACCGAGGUUCCCGCCAGAACUAUGUACCGAGGUUCCCGCCAGAACUAUGUACCGAGGUUCCCGCCAGAACUAUGUACCGAGGUUCCCGCCAGAACUGUGUACCGAGGUUCCCGCCAGAACUAUGUACCGAGGUUCCCGCCAGAACUGUGUACCGAGGUUCCCGCCAGAACUGUGUACCAAGGUUCCCGCCAGAACUAUGUACCGAGGUUCCCGCCAGAACUAUGUACCGAGGUUCCCGCCAGAACUGUGUACCGAGGUUCCCGCCAGAACUAUGUACCGAGGUUCCCGCCAGAACUAUGUACCGAGGUUCCCGCCAGAACUGUGUACCGAGGUUCCCGCCAGAACUGUGUACCGAGGUUCCCGCCAGAACUAUGUACCGAGGUUCCCGCCAGAACUAUGUACCGAGGUUCCCGCCAGAACUAUGUACCGAGGUUCCCGCCAGAACUAUGUACCGAGGUUCCCGCCAGAACUGUGUACCGAGGUUCCCGCCAGAACAAUGUACCGAGGUUCCCGCCAGAACUAUGUACCGAGGUUCCGCCAGAACUAUGUACCGAGGUUCCCGCCAGAACUGUGUACCGAGGUUCCCGCCAGAACUAUGUACCGAGGUUCCCGCCAGAACUAUGUACCGAGGUUCCCGCCAGAACUAUGUACCGAGGUUCCCGCCAGAACUGUGUACCGAGGGCCGUACAUAAAACAAAACAAAAUGAAAUCGUUGGUGAACGUGGGAAGGAUUCAUGGCAGAUUUGCGUGCGGGAAGCGAGUCUGA